AUGAUAGUUUUAACGUUCUUCAAAGAAGACAUAAGUUGGAAUUUCAAAGGCCUCAACAGCAGCAAACACACAGUGCAUGUGAUAGGCUGGGAUCUCUUCGCAAUCGAAUUCGGUCAUUGCAAUAGCAAUGCCAGGCACUUUACCGCUACACCAUCGCGCCGUCGCUUACUUGCUACGCGAAGUACCAAUAGGGAGCAGGCAUUGUUGUGUUUGUUGUUCAGUGUGAUGGUUGGAGUGGCCUGCCUCUUGUCGGCCAUCUUGUGCUGCGUCUGCUGCCGUUGGAAGAGUGCUAGUAAAAAAGGAACAUUCAACGUGGCACACGACCACGCCGACGGUAAAACUAAAAAUCCCAUCCGAUUGUUUCUAGGCAAGAAAAAGUCAGACAAAGAGCACGAAACUUUGUUGGGAGAAAUGAACAGCAAGGGAGACAUUUACAAACCUUCUCCGAACAUUUCUGGCAGUGGCAUUGCCGCUGUUAGCAGGCCGUACUCAUCUCCAAGAUCUGUCAGGCACGAGUUUGCAAGGGGAAGCAUCACAGGAGGAACAGUAAAGAGCGGGAAUAACAACAGUUCAACUCUUACAACGCCAUCUUCAACACUCAAUCAUCCAAAUAUCAACACCAACAACCCAUCAAACACUCCAACAAACGCUCAAGUUGUUGGGCUCUACCUUUCGCAGGCCCCAAAGAGUCGCUGGUCGCGUGCAUCUGAUGCUGUUCCAUGGCCCAUCCCACCGUCCACAGUGUCCACACUCGAGCAUGUACCGCCCCAUUCAACUGGCACCGGCAGAUCAAAUGCGCAAAAUCAACAGAUGCCCAUCAUUUCCGAGGGACCUUCAACUUUUCUCAGCAACCUCCCAAGUGACCAAGUUGCACCGACCCAAGCACAACAUUCUCCUACAAAACCCAAACUUUAUCUUCCUUCUUUGCAGCAGCAACAACAAUCAACACCUCAACAGCAAUUUCCACAGCAACAAUUUCAAUCCUCUCCAACUGACUACUUAUUCAAUCGAGAUUCCGUCAGCCCAACGACGAGAUCAGCAGAACUUUCAGAGGACACAAACAGCACCGAAGAAGCUCCUCCGAUUUUUAGAAGGUCUCCGAAUGUCUCAAAAUUGUCUAACAACAGUAGCCCUAGUUUCCAAACUGACAACACUCCGCAAAGACAAACAUUUCCAGUUACCAACAUCCCUCCAACCAAUCUAGCAGUUUCCAGCUACAUUUCCGGAGUGCCCGUUGUAUCACCAAGAAUGAUGAUCAAUUCACCACCUGUCGUCCCAGCACCGGCAUCUUCUCCCUGGCCUGUUAGGGAUUCCCAGGUUCCCACGAUGAUCGAUGAGAGCUCUGUUGUGGUCAACUCAAAUGGAAGCACCGCAUGGAACCGCAGGGCUUAGCAGGAAGUAAAAUCAUAGUAAAGAAAGUCUAGAUAACAAUUAAAAAGUUGUGGAUGAAGAGUUUGAUUGUGUUUUUAAUGAUUAACAAUUUCUUGAUAGUUAGAAACGUUCGUAGAUUGUGUUACCUGUUUUAUUUAAGUUAGAUAACUUUUAAUUAUUAUUUGGUGCAGUUUUGUUUCUUUGGCUAACUUUUCGGUGAUUUGUUUUUAGACUUUUUCGUUUCAUUUUUGUGUUACAUUUUCGUGUUUGAAAUUAUAUUUUUAUGAAAAAUAUUAUGAAAAAUAAUAAUAUACAUAUAUGCCAGUUAAUUUGAAUGAGCUUCUUUGCGAAUUCAUCAUCUCUUGAAAAUUUCCAUCAGCUUAAAAGAAGCAUGCAUUACAAGUUCGGCAUCGGUGAUCAAUUUUCGUCUAAACAAAAUCCGAUUAUGAAUAACUUUGAAUUGAUUCGUGCUUUUCAUAAUCCAGAAGUGCGUGAUUUCUUUUAAUGGAUAUCAUCAACAAAUUAAGUAAUAAAUUACUAAAUGAUUCACGCACAUUGCAUGGUAGAGCACGCACACACAUGUAUCUUAGAUAUAUUUAUAUACAUUUAAUUUCAUUUACUAUACAUGAAUUUUUAACGACAGUUUAUUGCUGUAUUGAAGAUUCCGGAGGCCUAAGAGACUAUAUAACUUGAUGUAUAGGUACACUACAUACAUAUUUUGUUGAACGUUUUGACUUGUUAAUGUACCAUUUGGUCAGUGUCUUUGUUACCUUAUACGUGUCUUGUAUUGAUAUAAAUGAGAUAUUAAUUUUUAUACAUAUUUACAAAUAAUUAAUUCGCUUGGUGUCACCUUACAACGAUUGUUGUGAUUUCAAAUAAAUCGUUCUAUG